AUCAUGAAGCUUGGCGUCAUAAGGCUGUAGAGAUUCACACAAGAUUUGAUGCAAAUAAAAAUGUUAGCAGUAUUAAACACUUGAGAGCAUUAUUAGAGAAUGCCAAAAACGAACUUAGAAAAUAUAGCCAUCCUGACCCUUAUAGAU